GGAGUACGAUUCUAAAUUACAGAGAAGAGGAGUUUAGAGUGGCGAAACAAUGGAUUCUUUCUCAAAUUCCUCGAGUGGGUCAUCGAACCAUUUAUCUGCGCAGGAUCUCAAAAACCAAUUGAAGAGUCAACUUGCCUUGGAGUAUGCUCAACAAUUUCUUGAGACAGUGAGAGGAAAGUGUUUUGAAAGGUGUGUCACAAAACCAGGUUCAAGGCUCAGUGGGAGUGAAAGCAGUUGCAUUUCUAGGUGCGUAGAUCGAUAUAUGGAAGCCACAGGCAUAAUUAGCAAAGCGUUAUUUAGUGGUCAACAAUGAAAUGGACAACCACCUCGGUAAAUCUUGUAGUUGCUCAUCAUUUUGAGAAACAAUUUAUAAACGUUGGAGAUUAUGGGUUUUCCGUGUAUCUUUUUAUCUUUCUUGUUUUUAGAGGACGAUUACGCAUUUUAUUUUGUUAUACAAUUAGUUUAUCCCUCGUGAGAUUCUCACGGUUAUUUUCAGCUCUGUCCUCUAAUUUUUAUUGUCAGAAUUUAUGUUCCAAUAAGCCCUGAG